GGCUCCAAUUUUGGCUAUUCAUAGAGGAUAAAUGCUAGGAACAAUCUCUUCAACACUCUUCUUUGAACGCCUUCCACAUGGUUGGGUCAUGUGUCAAUUUCAAAGUUGCUCUAACAGAUAGUGCAUUCAAGAAGCCUUCUGUUUUUUUUUGUCAGCUGCCUUUACAGGUAGUCAGAAUGUUUCUAGUCUACAAAAGGAGGAAGCUUGGAGAGCUAAUGUGCACUUACAAGGAUGUGACCUCUAACGUUGUGACCAUCUGGGAAGGGGAGAUUGUUGAUAUGAAGAACUGCACUUUCUACAGUGGCAAAUGGGAAACAAUGGGCUUCGCCCCUACUACUCCGGACUCGACCAGCUGUGACGCACCAGAAUGGUGGGUGGGUUUCCCAACGAAGGUUGCUGCGUACAAAGGUUUCGAACUCGAGACCUUGCUUGAGAGGUUUGCACCCCUCUUGGUAAUGAUGAGCUGCAACCAAGAACUUCAACUUUGCAUGCAAACCUAUGCUGGCUUGCUUGCUUUAUUCUUUUCAGAGUGCAGUGGAAGUUGAUGGUGGGAAAUCUUUGGACCUGAGUAAACUAUCCACAUAUUUUUAUGGUAAUUUGAUCUUGUUAUUUCCAGCAUUGAUAAAAGGAAUUAUUUAAGGGUAAUUUUGUAUUUCUGUGAUUUUUUGUUAGAGAUGGAAAGAGCAAUACUUUGUAAAUGUUGGAACAGACUGUGGUUAUAGCAGGGUUUUAAGUAUAAUGUAUAGUUCUCUUGCAGGGAGGGCUUCAUUAAUGGUUU